AUCAUAUGUACAGGAAUAUUUGAAUUUUGAAUUUUUUAUUGUUGGGCAACAUAUGAAUUUGGCGAUACCGGUAAUAUUCCAGCCUUCGUUGGAUUUUGUUAAUUAAUGUGGUAUGUUAGCCUUCUCUAGUCUUAUGUUACUUCCUGUGAAACGUUGAUGUUGAUUUUAAUUUUUUGUCUUGAAAAUGGUCGUUGAAGUAGAAGUGGGAGUAUAUCUUCAACCAAAAACUCUAUGUCCGAUAGUUUUCAACUACCUAAAAAAACUCACUGAAUGUCUUACUUCUGGACAAAGGGCAGUUAUAUUGACUUUCAAUGAAUUUCCUUUUCGCUAUUCCGCUCAUGCCAACUCAGGUGGAAAUAGUUAUGAAGAAAAAGCACCCACACAUGUGCUACUUCCAUGUAUCAGAUUUGUGCACAACGGGAUGUUCCACUUGCUAGGCAGCUUAUUCUUUUAUUCAAGUUACAAGGAAGAAAAUGAAAUGAAAUUCAGUAAGGAUAUAUCUGAGUGUAUGAGACUUUAUAUAUUAGCACUUCGAAAUAUUGAUUUGCAUGUAAUCGCCACAGUAUCACCUUACACACCUACUUUUUCUCAAGCUAUUCGAAUUUUGGGCCAAGUACCUUACUUGGAAGAGCAUGUUGGAGCUAUCUGUUAUGACGUAGGAGACAGCAAUAUUGUACAUAUCCUUGAUCCGACCCAUACUGAACAAACCUGGCUGCAGUUUUUUCAUGACCAUGAUUUCUUUUUUUCUUUUGAAGGAAGUGAACUUAAAGCAUCAUUAGAAUGUGUUAUGGAAGCUUUAAAACUUGAUAAUAAGCCACUCAUUAAUAAUGAUACCUCUGAACAGAUAGAUACAGCACUCGAUUAUUAUUUUAGUAAUGAAGUGGGUCAAAUAAUAGAAAAGCUUCAGAGCAGAGGAAUGUUACCACUGGAAGCCUGUGGGACAUUAGGUUUCAUUAGACUUCGCGAUUUAUUAUUUAAGGACUACUAUGGUAAUGCUAGAAGUGCAAGAGAUCUUGUCGAGAAUAAAGUAUCAAUCAAUGAUGUUAUUAAAUUGAUAUUGUCAUUCAAAAUAAUUAAGCAUAGACUAUCUAAACAAAUUCCAGUUAUGUAUAGCGAGGCAAAUGUUAAGUACAAGAAUGCAAAAAAUAAUGCACUUGAUCUCUCUUAUGAUGUUAAUGAUGCACCUGACCUUGUUGAAGAUAAAGUUACUGAUGAUACCACAUCAAAAUCAAAAAAAAAUAAAAGGAAAAAAAGAAAUUCCAUAUCAACCAACGCUCCAGAAAUGUCAACUCCUACUAAGAAAACAGAAGAGAUGAAUAAAAUGAGUCCAGCAUCCACAAGUAAAAGUAAAACUCCUGUCUCCACUAAAAAAAAAACUCAACUAAAAGCAAAGAAAGCUUCAUCCAAUUCAGGAAUAAAAAAGGAAAAACCCCAAGAAAAUAAAAUCAAUAGAGAAAAAGAAAGAAACAUGAACGAAAAGAAUGAUGGCAAAUGUCAACAACAUACUAAUAAACAAGCAAAUUCCAAAUCAUUAAAUGUUAAUCAGACAACCUCAGACAUAGACAGUAAAAUAAAGAAAAUUGAAAAGACAAUGGAGGAUGAAAUAUAUAAUAUGAGCGAAUUAAUGAAAAAAAAAGAAGAAUUGGAUGCAAAUAUUGAACAGGUCAUGAAUGAAAUGAAUUUAUUGAAAUCUUCAAUAAGUUCACAUGAAAAAGAUAUGACUGAAAUAAAACGCAGCAGAACACCUGAAGAUGUAGAAAUAUCUGAGGUUCUGAUAAUGCUAAGUGGUCAACCUGCGACAGACAAAGAAGUUGGGAAUCUAGAUAUACCAAAAAAGAUUGAUGAAGGUUCUGGUUUCGAUAAAGCAAAAUCUAUUUCAUCAAAACAACAGAUCACUGAUGACAUUGAGAUCUCCCCAGAAGAUUCUGCUUUGACAAAAACACAGAUCAAUGAUGAAGUUAAAACCACUACUAACACAAAAAUAAAAGGAAAAUUUUUGAUUGACCUUGAGGAAUUGAAAUCUACUUUGGCAGAACUACAGGUUACUGGUAAAGCCAAAAGCAAUGAAAGAAAGGUUGCAGAUUCUGAUAAAAAUAUUCAUAAUUCUUUGGUUGAUACAGAACCCAUUUUAGAUAUGGAAUUUUUUAAGAAUAUUAAGAACAUAACAAUUACUGAAAAAAGUACAGCUGAAACACGUGAAGUUCCUACCUUAAACGAAAAUUCAAAAAUGAUUGUUCCACAAAUAGAGAAUGAUGCGAUUCAAGAUAAUGAUCCAAGUGACUCAAAAUUCAUUGUAACAGAAUCAGAUAUAGGCAAAGUUAUUGUUGAAAAUGUUCAUAAUAAAUCUAAUAGAGCUGAAAAAUCAGGCAAAAACCCACAACAUCUAGAUAAAAUGGUAAUUGGAGCAGUGAAUAAGAGCAAAGAUAAUGUUGGAGAUGAUGGACUCAACAAAAAAGAAAUAGAAAUAUUCAAUGAGAAUGAAUCAAGUGCUGGCAAGGAUAAGUGUAGAACUAAUAAAUUUGGUAAUUCGGUUGAUGAUGGAUGUAAUGUGAUGACUUUACCUAAUUUCAAUAAAACCAAUGAUGGUUUCGCUAAGGAUCAGAGUCUAACAGAUGUAAUUCCUCAAUUGGUUGAAGAUGAUGAGCUCAAUGAAAUGAAAAUAAAAUUUGUGAAUAAAAAAAGAAGUAGUGUUGACAAAAAUGAGUUCAAUGAAAUGAGAACAGAAAUGGUGAAUGAAGGCAAAAAUACUGCUGAUAAGGAUGAGGGUAAAACAGAUAAAAUUUCUCAUUUGGCAAAAUCAGACGAGCUUCAUGAAAUGAAAACGGAAAUAGAGAAUGAAGGCAGGGAUAGUGCUGACAAGGAUGAAAGUAAAACAGAUCAAACAACUUAUUUGGUUGAAGAUGAAGAGAUUGGUGAAAUGAAAGCAAAAAUGGUAAAUGAGGGCUUAAAUGAAGAUUAUGCUGACAAAAAUGAGAACAUUGUAGAUCAACUUCCUCAUUUAGUUGAAUCUGAAAAGCUUGAUCAAAUGAAAACAGAAAUAGGGAAUGAAGACAAAGAUACCGCUGAUGAUUAUGAGAGUGAAACAGAUCAAAUUCCUCAUUUGGUUGAUUCUGAAGAGCUUGGGGAAAUAAAACCAGAAAUAGUGAAUGAACGCAAAGAUACUGCUGAUACGGAUGAGGGUAAAACAGAUCCAGCUACUGAUUUAUUUGAAGAUAUUCGUGAAAUGAAAACAAAAAUGGUAAAUGAAGGCAAGAAUAGUGCUGAAAAGUAUGAAGGUAAAACAAAUAAAAUUACUCUUUUGGUUAAAUCUGAAGAGUUUGAUGAAAUGAAAACAGAAAAUGAUAAUGACAGCAAAGUUACUGUUGAUAAAGAUGAAAAUGAAACAAAUCAGCUUCCUCAUUUGGUUGAAGAUGAAGAGAUAUGUGAAAUGAAAACAGAAAUGGUAUAUGAAGGCAGAGAUAAUGCAGAUAAGGAUGAGAGUGAAACAGAUCAAACUACCAAUUUGGUUGAAUAUAAAGAGAUUGGUGAAAUGAAAAAAGAAAUUAUAAAUCAAGGUGAAGAUAUUGCUAAUGAGAAUGAGAGUAAAACAGAUCAAAAUCCUCAUUUGGUUGAAUCAGAAAAGCUUGAUGCAAUAAAACCAGAAAGAGUGAAUGAAGGCAAAGAUACUGCUGAUACAGAUGAGGGUAAAACAGAUCAAACUACUCAUUUGGUUGGAGAUGGAGAGAUUGGUGAAAUGAAAACAAAAAUGGUGAAUGAAGACAGGGAUAGUGCUGACAAGGAUCCGAGUAAAAUAGAUAAAAUUCCACUUUUGGUUGAAUCUGAAGAGGAUGAGGAAAUGAAAACAGAAAAAAGUAAUGACAUCAAAGGUAAUUUUUAUAAAGAUGAAAAUGAAACGAAUCAGCUUCCUCAUUCGGUUGAAGAUAGAGAGAUUUGUGAAAUGAAAACAACGAUGGUGAAUGAAGGCAGGUAUAGUGCUGACAAAGAUGAGUGUAAAACAGAUCAAACUACUCAUUUGGAUGAAGAUAAAAAGAAAACACAAAUAGAAAAUGAAGGCAAGGAUAAUGCUGACAAAGGUGAGAGUAAAACUGAUCAAAUUCCCCAUUUGGCUGAAUCUGAAAAGAUUGAUGAAAUGAAAACAGAAAAAGGGAAUGAAGACAAAGAUAAUGCUGAUAUGGAUAGGGGUAAAACAGAUCAAACUACUCAUUUGGUUGAAGAUGGAGAGAUUGGUGGAAUAAAAACAGAAAUAGGAAAUGAAGGCAAGCAUAGUGCUGAUAAAGAUGAGAGUAAAACAGAUCAAACUCCUCAUUUAGUUGAUUCUGAAGAGCUUGAAGAAAUGGAAACAGAAAAAGGGAAUGAAGGCAAAGAUAAUGCUGAUAUGGAUACGGGUAAAACAGAUCAAACUACUCAUUUGGUUGAUGAUGGAGAGAUUGGUGAAAUGAAAACAGAAAUAGGAAAUGAAGGCAAACAUAGUGCUGAUAAAGAUGAGAGUAAAACAGAUCAAACUCCUCAUUUAGUUGAUUCUGAAGAACUUGAAGAAAUGGAAACAGAAAAAGGGAAUGAAGGCAAAGAUAAUGCUGAUAUGGAUAGAGGUAAAACAGAUCAAACUACUCAUUUGGUUGAAGAUGGAGAGAUUGGUGAAAUGAAAACAGAAAUAGGAAAUGAAGGCAAGCAUAGUGCUGAUAAAGAUGAGAGUAAAACAGAUCAAACUCCUAAUUUAGUUGAUUCUGAAGAGCUUGAAGAAAAGGAAACAGAAAAAGGGAAUGAAGGUGAAUAUAAUGCUGAUAAAAAUAGGGGUGAAACAGAUCAAAUUCCCCAUUUGGCUGAAUCUGAAGAGCUUGAUGAAAUGGAAACAGAAAAAGGGAAUGACGGCAAAGAUGGUGCUGAUAUAGAUAGGGGCAAAAAUGAUCAAAUUCCACCUUUGGCUGAAUCCGAAGAGUUUGAUAAAAUGAAAACAGAAAAAGGAAAUGAAGGCAAAGAUAGUACUGAUAUAGAUAGGAGUGAAACAGUUCAAAUUCCUCAUAUAGAUAAAUCUGAAGAGCUUGAUAAAAUUAAAACAGAAAUAGAAAAUGAAGGCAAUGAUAGAGCUGACAAAGAUGAGAGUAAAACAAAUCAAAUUCCCCAUUUGGCUGAAUCUGAAGAGCUUGAUGAAAUGGAAACAGAAAAAGGGAAUGACGGCAAAGAUGGUGCUGAUUUAGAUAGGGGCAAAAAUGAUCAAAUUCCACCUUUGGCUGAAUCUGAAGAGCAUGAUGAAAUGGAAACAGAAAAAGGGAAUGACGGCAAAGAUGGUGCUGAUAUAGAUAGGGGCAAAAAUGAUCAAAUUCCACCUUUGGCUGAAUCGGAAGAGUUUGAUAAAAUGAAAACAGAAAAAGGAAAUGAAGGCAAAGAUAGUACUGAUAUAGAUAGGAGUGAAACAGUUCAAAUUCCUCAUAUAGCUAAAUCUGAAGAGCUUGAUAAAAUUAAAACAGAAAUAAAAAAUGAAGGCAAUGAUAGAGCUGACAAAGAUAAGAGUAAAACAAAUCAAAUUCCCCAUUUGGCUGAAUCUGAAGAGCUUGAUGAAAUGGAAACAGAAAAAGGGAAUGACGGCAAAGAUGGUGCUGAUAUAGAUAGGGGCAAAAAUGAUCAAAUUCCACCUUUGGCUGAAUCUGAAGAGCUUGAUGAAAUGGAAACAGAAAAAGGGAAUGACGGCAAAGAUGGUGCUGAUAUAGAUAGGGGCAAAAAUGAUCAAAUUCCACCUUUGGCUGAAUCCGAAGAGUUUGAUAAAAUGAAAACAGAAAAAGGCAAUGAAGGCAAAGAUAGUACUGAUAUAGAUAGGAGUGAAACAGUUCAAAUUCCUCAUAUAGAUAAAUCUGAAGAGCUUGAUAAAAUUGAAACAGAGAUAGAAAAUGAAGGCAAUGAUAGAGCUGACAAAGAUGAGAGUAAAACAAAUCAAAUUCCCCAUUUGGCUGAAUCUGAAGAGCUUGAUGAAAUGGAAACAGAAAAAGGGAAUGACGGCAAAGAUGGUGCUGAUAUAGAUAGGGGCAAAAAUGAUCAAAUUCCACCUUUGGCUGAAUCUGAAGAGCAUGAUGAAAUGGAAACAGAAAAAGGGAAUGACGGCAAAGAUGGUGCUGAUAUAGAUAGGGGCAAAAAUGAUCAAAUUCCACCUUUGGCUGAAUCGGAAGAGUUUGAUAAAAUGAAAACAGAAAAAGGAAAUGAAGGCAAAGAUAGUACUGAUAUAGAUAGGAGUGAAACAGUUCAAAUUCCUCAUAUAGCUAAAUCUGAAGAGCUUGAUAAAAUUAAAACAGAAAUAAAAAAUGAAGGCAAUGAUAGAGCUGACAAAGAUGAGAGUAAAACAAAUCAAAUUCCCCAUUUGGCUGAAUCUGAAGAGCUUGAUGAAAUGGAAACAGAAAAAGGGAAUGACGGCAAAGAUGGCGCUGAUAUAGAUAGGGGCAAAAAUUAUCAAAUUCCACCUUUGGCUGAAUCUGAAGAGCAUGAUGAAAUGGAAACAGAAAAAGGGAAUGAAGGCAAAGAUAGUGCUGAUAUAGAUAGGGCUAAAACAGAUCAAAUUCCUCAUUUGGAUGAGUCUGAAGAGCUUGAUAAAAUGAAAACAGAAAUAGGAAAUGAAGGCAAGCAUAGUGCUGAUAAAGAUGAGAGAAAAACAGAUCAAACUCCUCAUUUGGUUGAUUCUGAAGAGCUUGAAGAAAAGGAAUCAGAAAAAGGGAAUGAAGGUAAAGAUAAUGCUGAUAUGGAUAGGGGUGAAACAGAUCAAAUUCCACCUUUGGCUGAAUCCGAAGAGCUUGAUGAAAUUAAAACAGAAAAAGGGAAUGAAGGCAAAGAUAGUGCUGAUAUAGAUAGGGGUAAAACAGAUCAAAUUCCUCAUAUAGCUAAAUCUGAAGAGCUUGAUAAAAUUAAAACAGAAAUAGAAAAUGAAGGCAAGGAUAGAGCUGACAAAGAUGAGAGUAAAACAAAUCAAAUUCCCCAUUUGGCUGAAUCUGAAGAGCUUGAUGAAAAGGAAACAGAAAAAGGGAAUGACGGCAAAGAUGGUGAUGAUAUAGAUAGGGGCAAAAAUGAUCAAAUUCCACCUUUGGCUGAAUCUGAAGAGCUUGAUGAAAUUAAAACAGAAAAAGGGAAUGAAGGCAAAGAUAGUGCUGAUAUAGAUAGGGCUAAAACAGAUCAAAUUCCUCAUUUGGAUGAGUCUGAAGAGCUUGAUAAAAUGAAAACAGAAAUAGGAAAUGAAGGCAAGCAUAGUGCUGAUAAAGAUGAGAGUAAAACAGAUCAAACUCCUCAUUUGGUUGAUUCUGAAGAGCUUGAUGAAAUAAAGACAGAAAUAGUGAAAGAUGGCAAAGAUAGUGCUAAGAAGGAUGAAAGCAAAACAGAUCAAAUUUCCCAUUUAGUUAAAGUUCUCCAUGAAAUGAAGACAGAAUCAUUGAAUGAAAGCAAAGAUGGUGCUAAUAGCAAGGAUCAGAGUAAAACAGAUUCAAUUAAUGAUGUGGUGGAAGAAAAUGAAGUGGAAAUAGUAGAGAUUGAUUACAAUGAAGCCAAUACUAUUGAGGAAGACAUUGAAAUACCGGAUUUGAUUGUUGACUCUUCGUUAAGCGAAUCUGGUGGGGACAUUGAUGAAAUUCCCGAUUUGCUUGAUGAUUCAGAAUUCAAUACAUCGGAAAGUUAUAUAGAAUAUGAACCUGCGAUAGUGAGGAAUACAGGAAUCGAUUUCUCUGAUGCUGUAUCAUUGAGUAUGACGGUAUUAGGCGUAAAAAAUAAAGCAGUAGAAGAUAAAUUUGCCGAAAGAGAGCAUUAUGAAGUCAAUGUUGAUUCAUUUGAAAAAUUUGUUGUACCUCGUAUUGUCGCAACCAUUAUUCCAACUGAAUAUAUAUCAACAUCAACUCCCAAUGAAGAAAUAACUCAAAAUGUAACUCCUGAAUCUAUAGAUACUCAAAAUGAUGGAAGUGGAUCUCUCUGUAAUUCUAAAAUGAAAUCUUCAACAAGUGAAAGGGAUGAUGUACUGAAACCAAGCUGUAGUGGAAAUACUAAAGGAUCUAAUGAAACAGCACCUAGUAAUAAAAAAAUUCAAAGAAAGCACUUAUCAACCAUUGUUCCAAGUGAAAAUAUAUCAACAUCAAUUCCCAAUGAAGAAAUAACUCAAAAUGUAACUCCUGAAUCUAUAGAUACUCAAAAUGAUGGAAGUGGAUCUCUCUGUAAUUCUAAAAUGAAAUCUUCAACAAGUGAAAGGGAUGAUGUACUGAAACCAAGCUGUAGUGGAAAUACUAAAGGAUCUAAUGAAACAGCACCUAGUAAUAAAAAAAUUCAAAGAAAGCACUUAUCACCACUCAAAACUAGCGAUCCUGCAGCUGGAAUUACCAGAGUACUAAAAUUGCAUUUAGAUAAACUGAAAAGUCGUAGAUGUGAUGAUGGUUCUGAUAAGGAAAAUACCGAUGGUAAUGAAGAAAACCCUUUACAUGAAGAAUUGAUGCCUUAUGUGAACGACAUAGUAGAUAAAUAUGUAAAUGGUAUUCUGGAUAAACACGAUAUGGACGACAUCAUCGAAAAAAUGUAUCAUUUCACUGAUGAACAUGAUGAGUCAUGUCAAAAAACUGAACCAAAUGAAGACAAAAAAGUUAAACCAUCAGAUGUCAUCAACAAAGAUGCUAUAGAUUUACUAGUGAAUAAAUAUCUCACUCCUGAACAGUACAAAGAAAUAUUGGGACCAGAUGGACAAAUAGAUACAAUCUCCACAUUUGAUGCGGUGGUUAAUUAUAUAAGAAAAGCUAAUACUGAAAAGUUGAAAUCUGUUACAAACGAAAAUAAAAGUGAUAGUCCAAAAACGAAAGAACCUAAAGGCCUGAUAAAAAUUAGUUGGAAAGAUAGUAACACUGUCGGUUUCGAAAAUGUGAGUGCUGAUAGUGUUAAUCUUCUAACAAAAGCUCCUUUCAAGAUGACUGAUUUAAGAGAUACUGAGAAUAUAGAUGGAGAAGAAAAAUCCACGGAUUUCGUUGAAAUUGUUCCUAAGAAUUCUACAAAAGAAGACGUAAGACAACCUGAUAGUUUUCUGAAUAUUCCUGAAGGUGUUGAAGAAGAUACCGUCAGCAUCCAGAUUAAAAAUUUCAUCAACUCAUUCAAUGAACCUUCAUCUGGGUCAAUCAAAUCUGCAAGGAAAGAAGACUCUCCUCUCUCAGAAUCAGGUCCUCAGGAUACCAGCGCCAGAAAGAAAACCACUGAAGCCAAAUUCAUGUACAAACCUGAGGACAUAAUUAAGCUGAAAAACUGGAUUGUUUUCAAACAAUUUGCCAAUAUGGUUGCCUGCUUCCUAAGACAGAUCUCAAAAACUCAUGUUCUUCCUUAUUCUAAUUUUGAGUUACUACAACAAAUAGAAAACAAAUGUAUAGAAUUCUUUGUCAACAGAUCUGACAAAUCAGAAUAUAGUGCUAAACAGGCUUAUGUACUGCUAUUUCUUAACUUAUUAGGGAAAGAUGUUUUCAAAAUGCCAGACGUUACAAAUGACUUGUGCGUUUUUAUGGAAGAACUGGAUUUGUUGAUAACUAAGGAUAGACAGAAUAUUGCCGGAAUGAAUCUUAUGGAGCCUCAGGACAAAAUCGUAAGAAAUUUAUUGAUAUAUAACCUAUAUGGAAUCAGGUACGCUUAUUUGCGUAUGAAACCAUGGAAUCUUAGUGACAGAGUAUCUCCUGACCUUUUCAAAACUGAUCAUGUAGGUAAUAUAAUGAAACAUGUAGCUGAGAAAGGAAAUGAUCCGCACACAUUUUUAAUUGAUAAUGAAUGUCCACCCUUAGAUAUAGAACGGUGUUUUAAUAACCUAAAACCACGUGGAAGUAUACUCCUGGUUGAAUGAAACCUUGCAAUUGAAUAAUUUCUGUUUGUUUUAUAAUACAGUGAUUUUUUGAGUUUAAAUAAUCUAUGUUUUAUCUCUAGAAUAAAAGAAAACAAUGAAAUGUGAUAAUAUUUAUGACUGAUUCUUAAUAUUAAGAAAGUAUUAUAAA